CUAGCCGUUGCGGAGCGCUCUGUUCUCGCUCUCUUCAACGUUCUUCCUCCAUUUCUCCCUAAUCAAGAGGAGCUUUCUCUCUCUCUCCUCCUUCCAAAUCACUGUAAAACGUUUCUUUCUCUCUCUACCAUUGUUCUGAGUUCUAAUAGAUACCUUUCAAAAUCAUCUUACUUCGUUCUCUACCUUCUUACAAGCACAGAUCUCUUCUUUCUUGUUCAUAAAUCACUGGAAUAGAGAGCUUUCUCUCUCUUCAUUUCCUUUGAUAACCUUCCCAAAUCGUUUGUUCUCUCUCCACCAUCUUAAUCCCUCAAUCAUGAUUUCAUCAAAGAAUCCUCUUGUUUCUCCACAACCAUCAAGAACCAGCAAGAGGAUCUCUGAAAAUUUCGAUCCGAAUCUCUCUCCUGCAAAGAAGAAUGGUGAUUCUCAGUCCAAGAGACCAGAGACACCGGCAAGUACACGUUCCCGAAGCAAAUCAAAGAGGGAAAGCACAAAUAAACCAGAUCGACCUAAUGUCCGGAGAGUUAGAGAGAGAAAGUUUAUCAUUGCUAAGAAGCAUUCAAAACCAGGCUCUUCGGCUGUAACAUGUACAUGCAGUCAAAAGAAUGGGGAUGGAAAAUGCCUAUGCAUGGCUUACGAGAGUCUCCGUGCUUCUCAGGAGGAGUUCUUCAAUGGCGAGAGCAAAAAUUUCAAAGACAAAAUUUGCUUGAAUGAGGAAGGAGCUCAAAAACCAGAGGACAUGGGGGGUUUUAUUGACCAUGAAAGACCUGAAACCCCAUCAAAGUUUGGGGUUCUAGAGAGAGAAAAUACCAGUGGUGCGGCUAAAAUCGAACCCAUAGAGCGAGGAAACGAAAAUGGUGAAUCUAUGGAAGAACCAGAAGUCGGGUCUUCUAAUCAAAGAAACAUAACAGUGGAGAUAGUCGAAGAUGGGAAUUCGAACCUGGGUUCUCCUACCCCAAAGAAACUGAGGAGGCAGUUGCUUGAGGAAGCCAUGAACAAUAUACCACAGCCAGGGUCCGGGAGGGUUAUGCAUUUGGUUAAGGCCUUUGAGAGGUUGCUCUCAAUUCCACGAGAAGAGAGAGGAAUGGAGAAAAACGAUGGAUGGGAAGAGGGUCUGAAAGUCAAGAACUGGGCAUUACCAGGCUUGCAACCACCAGUUGCUGAGCCCACAUUUAAUUCUCACUCUUCAUUUGCUCUCUCAUCUUCAUGUUCUUCUUCUGAGGUUUCCAGUUCAAAAGUCUCAGAUGGGGACCUUCGUUCUUCAAUUGCAAGCAGUGAUUGCAGUUGGGGGAGCAGGACGUCAGGUGGAGGGCGAAGGAGUCGCAAAAAUAGCAUGGAAUCAAUAGGAAGAGGAGUGGGGCAGUGCUGGAAAAAGCAGCUGAAAGUCACAAGCCAACAACCAUUCAAACUAAGAACAGAGCAAAGGGGAAGAGUUAAAAAAGAAGAAUUUGUGAAGAAAGUAGAGGAAAUGUUCUCAGAGGAGGAGAGACUUCGAAUCCCGGUUGCCCAAGGCCUUCCAUGGACAACAGAUGAACCAGAGUGUUUAGUAAAGCCUCCAGUGAAGGAGAGCACAAGACCCAUUGAUUUAAAGCUUCAUAGUGAUAUUCGAGCGGUUGAACGAGCAGAGUUUGAUCAAGCUAUUCAAGAGAAGCUCAGCUUUAUUGAGCAAUACCGACAGGAGGAGGAGAGGCGCCAGAAGUUAGCUGAGGAAGAAGAGCUUAGAAGACUGAGGAAGGAACUGGUCCCACGAGCUCAACCGAUGCCAUAUUUUGACCGACCUUUCAUCCCAAAGAGGGGUUUGAAACACCCAACCAUUCCCAAAGAGCCAAAAUUCCACAUUCCUCACCAUAAGAAGAUCAAAUGCAUGUCAUGGAAUGACAUCAACAUCUACCAGCAUCAGAACCAGCAUUGAACCAAAGAGAUGAUGUUGCUUCAGCUGAAGAUUAUUUUUACUCCUUACUCUGUUUCCUCAGUGUUAUUUUUUAGUUUGGAUGCUAAGCAAUUUAUCUGCAUUGUUUUGAAAGACUGUUUCAGUCUUUUCAGAUAUAUAUAAUAAAUAAUCAUAAUCUUGGUAUUUCCUAC